GCAGAGCUGCUUAGGAUGAUGAUCACCGCAACUAUGGCCCGAGGUGGGAUGCAAAUAAGACCACGGUUCCCGCCUGCCACCGCUGUCUCUGCCAUGCCUCCAAGCACCAUUCCUUUGGGUGGACAGCAAGUGCCUCAGGUAAGCCAGAAUAACCUCACCAUGAUGUCCUCUCCGUCACCCGUCCAACAAGCCCAGACGCCCCAGCCAAUGCCUCCACCACCUCAGCCACAGCCUUCUCCCCAGCCAGGACAGUCCAAUUCUCAGCCCAAUUCCAAUGUCAGUUCUGGUCCAGCUCCAUCUCCCAGCAGCUUCCUCCCCAGCCCAUCUCCACAACCCUCUCAGAGUCCAGCAGCUGCACGAACACCGCAGAACUUCAGUGUCCCUUCUCCAGGACCACUAAAUACUCCAGGCAAUCCCAGCUCUGUCAUGAGCCCAGCCAGCUCCAGCCAAUCUGAGGAGCAGCAGUACUUGGAGAAACUCAAACAGCUGUCAAAAUACAUCGAGCCUUUGCGGAGGAUGAUCAACAAGAUUGAUAAGAAUGAAGACAGGAAGAAGGACCUGAGUAAGAUGAAAAGCCUCCUUGACAUUCUGACUGAUCCUUCCAAACGCUGCCCUCUGAAAACACUGCAGAAAUGCGAGAUUGCUCUGGAGAAGCUCAAGAACGACAUGGCUGUGCCCACCCCUCCACCCUCUGCAGUUCCUCCCACGAAGCAGCAGUAUCUGUGCCAGCCACUUUUGGAUGCUGUUCUCGCAAAUAUCCGUUCACCAGUCUUCAAUCAUUCCCUCUACCGGACCUUCAUGCCAGCUAUGACAGCCAUUCAUGGCCCACCUAUCACAGCCCCAAUUACUUCCCAUCGGAAGCGGAAAUAUGAAGACGAUGAAAGGCAGACCAUACCAAAUGUAUUACAAGGGGAGGUUGCAAGAUUAAACCCUAAAUUUUUGGUGAAUCUGGACCCCUCCCAUUGCAGCAACAAUGGCACAGUUCACCUUAUAUGCAAGCUAGAGGACAAAAACCUUCCAAACGUUCCACCACUGCAGCUCAGUGUCCCAGCUGAUUAUCCAGACCAGAGCCCCCUGUGGAUCGAUAACCCGCAGCAGUAUGAAGCAAACCCUUUCUUGCAGUCCGUGUAUCGCUCCAUGAUGUCCAAGUUGCUGCAGCUUCCUGACAAACACUCUGUCACAGCUCUCCUCAAUACGUGGGCCCAGAGCAUCCGACAGGCCUGCUUGUCUGCUGCUUGACAUCCAUGUUUCUUCACUGGGCCUUAACUGGACAAGUUCUAGCCAAGCAGGGCAGGAAUAUGAGAAGCAGAAGCCUUAAAUUGUUUUUUGUUUAAUAGGUAUCAAGCUUUGUUACAGAUCCUGGUGUUAGGUUUAGUGCCUGUGCUUCUGCCUUUGUAGACUUGAUGGAAAGGUGGAUUCUCCCAUUCUCAAGGCAGCAACCUUUUUAAAUGUCUUCUUAGAGAAGAGUAUGUGCAGACUUCUGUCAUGGAGUCUCAUUACUGUAAGAAAAGGGGCAUUGUCCUUCAGAUCUCACCCAGGCCCAGAAUAUAUAUAGAUCUGUGUUUGGUUUGGGUGAAUCCCACCCCCAGAAGAGGCUGCUUGCAACCCACAAAAGAGGCAGAAUUGCUCAGCAGCUCAGCUACACGGGAGCUGUUUGUGCCUCCCAAAACAGGCACUGACCAGCCCCGCUGAUGUGGCUGGCUCUGAGAGAUGGCCAAGGAUGACGUGCUGCUCUUUGUGUCUGUUUGGCUUCCCCUGCUGGCUGCGAGAUUAGACUGGCCACAUUGUGUGGUCCUGGAUCUUGCUUUCUCCUAACUGCAGUGCUCAUUUUUGAUGGAAUUUCAAUCUUAGAAUUAUUAGUCUUUCCACAUAUGUGUGCCACCAUUUUCACAGAGUCUCUGAAUAUUGGUUUGCACUCUUCAGCAUAGCAUCCUGGCUGCUGUGACAUUUGUAGAUCUAUGUGAUUACUAUGUCAAUUGGAAGACAUUAAAAAUAUACUUAAUAAGCACUGAU